GACAGCGCCUCUAGCGGUUAAAUGUAGAAUUAAAGUACGAAGGUGAAGUCGAGGAGGUUUGGAUAUCUGUUGGCAAAAUAAAUAAUAUUUUACGUAUGAAAUGGCAAUAAGUUUUCGAAAUCCUCUAAAGGAAAGAACUUACGAUUAUUUAUUCGAAAAUCCCCAGGAUAAACCAUGCAUCGAAAAUGUUUUUUAUUGGACAUUAAAAGGAUCUAUAGUAGGUGUGACACUUGGUGGAAUUAACACACUAUUGAUUUAUAAACCUCCAACUUAUGCACUUGCUGCUCAGAGGAUUGCUUUUUAUGGUUUCCCUUUUGCCGGAAUGGGUGCAACUAUAGGCGCAACAGCAUGUAUCUUAUCAAAUUUGAGAAAAAAAGAUGAUCAUUAUAAUUAUUUUAUUGGUGGUUUAGCAGCUGGUGGUAUUUAUGGAAAAAUGUUUAAUUCUUUUCCACGAGGCAUAAAAAUGGCCAUGCUCCUAGCAGUAUUUUUUUCUGCAAAGAAAUAUUCUCUAAUGCAAGGUUGGAGUUGGAAUAUCGAGGAUAAUGUGACUCCUAUGAAAGGUCACGAACGACCAGAUUUAUUGGAUUUUAGUAUUUUGAAAGAUCCUGGUCCCUCUGUUCGUAGAACAUUUGACGGUUUGCGAUGAAAGAAAGUAAUGGCUUCUUUCAUAAAUUGUAAGGCACUGGAAAUUACAAGUAUGGUAAAUAUUUGAUAGAAAUAAGUAAGGAAUUGUACCAAAACUUAGUUUUGUUAGAAGUAUACAAUAAACAGAAAUAAAUAUGUAAA